GGAGCCGCAGUCCGCGCCCGCCGCUCGUCCCGGCCCGGCUCCAGGCGGGGCUCCGGCCGCGGACUGCGCUUCCCACUGCUCCCCGCGGCGGCGGCGCGGCCGGGCCGGCGGGGCCGCCAUGGGCUGGGGGGUCCGGCUGUGGCUGCUGGGCGGCCUGGCCGCCUGGACGCAGCGGCGGCGAGCGGCGGCGGCCGCCGGGCCGGAGGGCGACAAGGGCAGGCGGCAGCGGGAUCUGGAGCUGAGGCUGGUGCAGGUGGUGUUCCGGCACGGGGCGCGCACCCCGCUGCGGCCGAUCCCGGGGGCAGCGCCGGUAGAAUGGCAUCCCUCUCUUUUAGCUGUGCCUGUUAAGACUAAGUUUGAUUAUGUGGUGACAGACCUAAAUGGAGGACCUCAACCCCGCUCACCCUUCGAUGAGGAAUACAGAAAGAUUGUAUUUAAGGGUGGUGUAAUAGCAGGACAGCUGACACACGUGGGGAUGCAGGAGACAUUCGCCCUGGGGGAAAGGCUGAGGAGAAACUAUAUGGAAGAAGUCAAGUUUCUUUCACCAACAUUUAAGCCUGCUGAGGUCUUCGCCCGUUCCACUAAUAUUUUCCGGAAUCUGGAGUCCACACGGUGCCUGCUAGCUGGGCUGUACCAACAGCGUAAAGAAGGACCUGUUGUCAUUGUCACUGAUGAAGCAAGCUCUGAAAUGCUCUACCCCAAUUACCACAACUGCCAGCGCCUGAAAUACUUGACCAGGAUUAGGUCGGAGAAUGCUAAGCAGCAGCCAGGUAUCUCAGAGGACUUGAAAAAAAUUAAGACGAGGAUGGGUAUUGAUGAUGAUGUGCCUGUGGACUUCUUUGUCCUCCUCGAUAACAUUUUUGCUGAGCGGGUACACAAUAUUCCAAGCUGCCCUGCGCUGAAGAGCUUCCAGCAGACAGUGGAGCGCCGAUCUGUUGACUCCAUGGUUUUCCUUCUGGAAGACAGAGAAAUUCUUCAGAUGAGUGUUGGCCUCCUGCUCAAUACAUUACAAGAGAACAUUAAAGCAGCAGUAAAUCCCUCAAAUCCAGCUGAAAAGGCCAGAAAGCUGUACCUCUAUGCUUCUCAUGACUCCACUAUAAUUCCUCUCCUGCUGGCACUGGGCACCUUUGAUCACAAGUGGCCACCUUAUUCUGCUGAUGUGACCCUGGAACUGUAUCAGCACCGGCGCUCCAAGGAAUGGUUUGUGCGCGUGUCUUACCGUGGAGAGGAGCAAGUGGUGAAAGGCUGUAAAACAGGUCUCUGCCCACUUAAAGAAUUUCUGGAAGUUGUUUCACAGUACUCAGUCACUCCAAAGGAGUACUGUAAGCUGUGUAUGGACAGGAAAACAUGCACUUGUUGAAGCUGUCUUAAAUUAAAAUUAGUUUAUUGUCACAA